UUAACCUCAAUGAAUUAUUUUGGUUAAAUACCAUUUUAAUCAAUCUGUAAUAUGUGAGGAUGAUAUUGUUUUGAAAAGAAAAUAGCAAAACACAAAAAUGGCGGUUUUUCACGCUCCCAUCAUCUCCAUUUCUUCCACCGCAUUGACGACUUCGCUAGCUCCGACGAAACCCAAAAGCUCAAAUUUAGCUUCCCUACCCAUCUCCGGCUGCUAUAUCCCGCGUUCUCUGUCGAAAGUUCCAAGCUUAUUACUUCUUAGAGCAAUCCCACUUCAGAAAUACGUGUAUCCUGACCCAAUUCCAGAAUUCGCUGUUAAUGAGACGAAGAAGUUCCGGAAAGAGCUCAAGAAGAAACUGUAUAAGGAAAGGGAUACAUUUGGCGAUGAUCUUGAUAAAGUCCUUGACACAUGUACAGAGUUAUUUAGUGAGUUUGUGCACAAGGAGUAUGGAGGACCUGGGACAUUGGUGGUGGAGCCGUUCACGGACAUGUUAAUUGGACUAAAGCAAAGGAAGCUGCCAGGGGCAAAUUUGGCAGCCCGGGCAUCACUUUUGUGGGCUCAAAACUACCUUGAUCAUGACUGGGAAAUUUGGAACUCCAAACUACAAUAAUUUAUUUUUCUUUUUUGUUUUUGUGAUUACAUUUUGAGAAAAGUGCAAAUUUGGUCCCUAUGUUUGGAAAAAAAAUUGGGUACGAGUCCUUAAACUAUAAACUUUGAACAUAAUGUCCUUUUGGGCAUGUUUGGUUGUUGGUUUUGUCCUUCCCAAACUGUAAAUUACCAUUUAUGAGCUUCACGGUGG